AUGCUUUCUCGUCAAAUGAAGGAAACUGCUCACCCGUCGGCUGCGAUUAUGUUCAUGUUUCCCGGCUCAAAACGUCUACCCUACUUCAACAGGAUGUGGAAGAAGCAUAUCCAACUGCAGAAUAUGUGCCUUGACUUAUGGUUUGCUGGCAUGGAAACCACUUCAAACACGCUCUCAUGGGGUGUCGUCUACAUUCUCAAUCAUUUGGACGUACAGGAGAGGUUACACGAAGAAUUGGAUCGAGAAAUUGGCUCUUCGCGCGCAAUCACUAUGGCCGACAAGAAUCGUCUACCUUACACCAAUGCGGUUGUGAAUGAAACUCAGCGACUGGCCAAUUUACUUCCUAUGAACCUGCCUCAUGUCACGGUUCGCGCCGUUCGAAUCGGAAACUACGACCUGCCAACUGGGACAGGAGUUGUUCCGCAAAUCAGCAAUGUACUCUAUGACGAUGAGGUGAGCUUUCCAACUCCCUUCCACUGGCUAUCCUGUGAAGAUCCAAAUGAGCCACCAUCGAUGAAGAAGACGUUUGGCACUACAGUACAACCGCGAGAAUAUCACUGCCUCGCCAGAUCAAGAUUCGAAUGA